AAAAAAAAAACUAGAAUAACAAUAAAAACAACCUGAACCUGAAACUUCUAAUUAAGUCACAAUAGCAACGGCAACGGCAAAAAAAAGAAAAACAAAAACCAAACAAGUAAAAUUCCAACAAUACUAUAAAAAAAACAGAGUACCAAGCACAGCUACUACAAAAACAAAAACAAUACACAACAACAACCCACCACUCACAUUUAGUGCAUUUAAACGUAACUAAACACUUCUAAUUGCAUAAUCAUUAAUAAAUAUCUUUCCGUACCGCUGCAUACGUGUGUCUGUGUGUUGGUGCAGCAGUUUCGCAUGGGCACGUUGCACAUAGCAAAAUGCUAAAAAUGUUCCACUUACGUCAGUUGCAAUUUAUUCUAAUAAUAAUUUCCUGCAUACUGUUGAACGUCACAACAGCAACAGCAACCAUAUCAAAGCCAGCAACAGCAGCGGCGACAAUAGCAGCAAAAAAGGCAAAACCAACUACAUUCAAUGAUGUUGCAACAGCGAGUGCGCCCACUGUCAUCUCAUCGAUCGUAAUUCCCGGAAAAUAUCAUGCCUACACCCAGCACUUGCAGCAGCCAGCAAAAAAAGUGCAUGUGUCAGCAUCGGCAGCUCAUCAGAAGCAACAGCACGAACAACACGAACAAAAGCAGCAGCGACAACAACGUGUGGACGUUGUCAAACCUGUCAUACUUCCCAGCAGCAAACUCAAUCCCAUCAGAAAUUGGUUUGGCAUCUUUAAUCGCAACAACGCACAGGCGUCAGCGGCGAUAGCGCACGACACAACGACGACAACGUGCAAUUGCAGGUGCGGUGAGCGCAAUGAUGAGUCGCGCAUUGUUGGCGGUCAGACGGCUGGCGUUAGCGAAUACCCUUGGAUGGCGCGUCUCAGCUACUUCAAUCGUUUCUACUGUGGUGGCACACUGAUCAACGAUCGUUAUGUACUCACCGCUGCGCAUUGCGUCAAAGGUUUCAUGUGGUUUAUGAUAAAAGUGACAUUUGGCGAGCACGACCGUUGCAACGACAAAGAGCGUCCCGAAACCCGUUUCGUGCUACGCGCAUUCAGUCAAAAAUUCAGUUUCUCCAAUUUCGAUAACGACAUCGCUUUGCUGCGCCUCAACGACCGCGUGCCCAUUACAAGCUUCAUCCGGCCAAUUUGUUUACCACGUGCUUUUGAGCGCCACGAUCUAUUCAUCGGUACCAAAGGUAUAGCGACCGGUUGGGGCACGCUGAAGGAGGAUGGCAAACCAUCGUGUCUGCUGCAAGAGGUGGAAGUGCCCGUGUUGGAUAAUGAACAUUGUGUAGCACAAACCAACUACACACAAAAGAUGAUCACCAAGAAUAUGAUGUGCGCAGGCUAUCCGGGCGUGGGUGUACGCGACUCUUGCCAAGGCGAUUCAGGUGGGCCGUUAGUACGCAUGCGGCCAGAUGAUAAACGUUUCGAACAGAUCGGCAUUGUGUCGUGGGGCAAUGGUUGCGCCAGACCCAACUAUCCGGGUGUGUAUACGCGCGUAACAAAAUAUUUGGAUUGGAUAAUGGAGAAUUCGAAAGACGGGUGCUUCUGCGAUGAGAACGAUUGAGGUGUAUGGCGUGAACCAAUUGCAUUUUAACGGAUUUAUUUCUUUGUUAAAGUAGGGGGUUUCGAAGUACGUAAAUAUAAUUUUGUAAGUUUUGCUGGUUUGUUCAAACCAAAUGAGGGAGCGUUUAUAUUUUAUCGGA